CAGGAGUUAUUUACGAAUCCGAUUAAAACCGAAUGUAAUUAAUAAAAUGUCAACUGUUUGAUGUCAACUUAGUUAACCUAAAAUUCCAUAUUUUGCGUAUAAUUCUUUUUUAUUUAAGCAUUUUACAAUGGAAGACACAUUGCCGUCGACGGUUGAGCAAGAAUUAUUGGGUAUAAAACAUUUAGUUUGGGGCGCAACCAUAAAAAAUGACGUUUUUAAAAGGUGGUCACAGGGUUUUUACUUCAGUGGCGGCGAGAAAAGUGCGUUGGAACAGGCGGAAGGGGGACCGUGUGCAGUCAUAGCACCAGUGCAGGCGUUUAUUCUAAAAAAUUUGCUCCUAGAUUUUAACGAUCUUUCAUUUAGAAAUGCAAUGACAGAAGAUUUGCAACACAAGUAUUUAAUUAACGCCUUAUGUGAGAUACUGAAACAGUGCAACGUGAAAAAGUACAUAAUAGCCAGCUUUAACAAAGCCAAAUGUAAGAGCAUAACGGACACAGGUUGCAGCACCAACAGGCUGAACAGUAAUGAGAAGGACGAGUUGCACUUUCUUGCCUCUGAGGUUUCCAAGACAUUCCAUGACAAUUUGCAGUUGUACAUUUUCACGAAAAUCGAAGAUGUGGCCGUGUUUUUUAAGCAGAACAUUUGCAUUUUUAAAGAAACGUUUGGAGUACUUUUAUUUUUAUAUUCGGUGUUGGCAACCAGGGGCGUAGAUCUUGUCAAGUACGAGUCAGACACGACAGAGCCUUUUAUCGACGCGACUUACGGGUACGGGAGCCAGUCCCUUAUAAAUCUCAUGUUAACUGGGAGGGCAGUCACAUAUGUGUGGGAUAAUUAUCAAGAUGUGGGUGGUUUAAGGCUUAGGGGCUUGGAAAAGCAGAGCCAAGUGGGUUUUAUAACUCUCUUGGAGCAUUUGAGGUAUUGUACGGUAGGUUCUUUUUACAAAAAUCCGGUACACCCAGUAUGGAUUUUGGGUUCAGACACCCAUUUGUCGGUUUUGUUCAGCGACGAGAGGAAGCUUGUAAGCCCUGAAACGAAAAGCGAGAAAGCCCGACGGAUAUUCAAAACGUUCGACCCGGACGGUAACAAUUUCAUCAACGUUUCUAGCCUUCAGGAUGUCCUAGCUUCGUUAGAACUUGUUAGCGAACCCGAAUA